UUGUCACCCCACCCUUUGCUGCCCCCACCCCAGUGCGCAAACGCACACAGGUUUAAAGUUUAGGCUGUGAUGCUAUCCUCGCCCGCAGAUCACAGGACAGACAUUCCCGGGGACAACUUUGCGAGGCCAUGUGCUCGUCCCCCUUAGGAAGGAAGAGGGAGAAAUCCCUGCGGCUCGGUUUUGUUGCAAUGGUUUGCUCAGCGAGUGAUUCCCGUUUCCCCAAAGGCUGCCCCUCAUUAGCAUGAACGGGGGUGGGGGUGUGGAGAAGGGGUUGGGGGAGAGAAAGCAAGCAAAAGCCCAGGCUAACUUUUAGAGCCUGGGAACCCUGUCUGCAAAAAUGACAGCUAGAGCUUUCUGGCUCCUCUGUUUGAUCGUCGGAUCAUCCCCCGAAGCACCGGUGGCGGAGAGAAAAACCUCGCCGCCGCACAGCAGAAAGCCGGACUCCCGCGGCUGCCCGAACACGGAGGAGACACCGGGGCCCCGCGCGCAGCCGCUCCUUGAGGCCCCGCAGCGGCCGCGCGCGGCCGAGGCCGCCCCCGCCUGGCCUGACCCGCGGCGCCGGAAGCCCCCGCCGCCGGCCGACAACCAGGCCAGCUUCCGGGAGGCCGCACGCGCGCCCGCUGGCCCACCGGGCCCGCGCCUGGCGCAAGCCGAGAACCGCGCGUCGCCGCGCCGCGGGCCCGCGUCGGAGGACGCCCCGCGACGCGCGCGCUCACGGGCCCUGCGCUUCCCCGCCGCCCGGCCGCCCGCGCGCGCCACCGAGGGCUCCGCCGGCCACGCCCACCCCAACCGGCCGCGCGCCGCCGCGCUGGCCCCGGGCCCCGCGCCCGCACCCGCGCCCGCGCCCGCGCCGCCACUGCGCUUCAGCCUCAGCUUCGGCCUCAGCCCGCCGCAGAGGGACGCGGAGCCCGGCGCUGAGCCCUGCGCGCGCGCCUGCCGGUCCUACCUGGACGAACGCGAGGCGUUCUGCGAGAGCGAAUUCGGUGAGCCCGGCCGCCGCGCCGCCGCCCCGCGAGCCUGUCCGACCCCCGGAGAAGCCCGCCCGCGAGAUCCCAGGGCGUCCGACCCGUGCGGGCCGUUUCGCGGUUGCUAA